UGUGUGCCACGGCACCUAGCAAGACUGUGGAACCCAGGGCUUCCUACAUGCAGAGCGAGCGCUUUACUCAGAGCCGCACUCCAGCCCUUGUUGGCUUUCAUACUUUUAUUUUUCCUAUUUUUUGAAACGUAGCAUAUAUACUAUGAAUAAAUACUAAGCACACAACAAACUCUAUACUUAUUCAUGACUUUACUGGGUCUGGUGCAGAAAUGGAACCCAGGACCUUAUGUGUGCUACCGCUGAGCUCCAUCUCAAGCAUCAUACAGUUUUGGAAAAAGUGCAAGGGAGCCAGAUGUGGUGGUGAUGCCAAUACUCCCCGCUACUCGAGAGGCUGAGGCAGGAGGAUUGUAAGUUCAAGGCUACAGAGUGAGUUCCAGAUUAGCCUGGGCAACUUAGCGAUACCCUGUCUCAAAAUAAAAGAUAAAAAGAGAACUGGGGAUGCAGCUCAGUGAUGGAGCAUUUGCCUAGCAUGUUUGAGGUCCUAGGUUCCAUUCCUAGGACUGCAGAAAUGUAAAAAUGAAUCAAUGAAUAAGAAGAAAUGGGCUGGAGGAGUUGCCUCAGGGAUUGGUUCUUUUUUUUUGAAAUAGGGUCUCACUAUAUAGCACUGGCUGCCCUGGAACUCACGCUGUAGACCAGGCUGGCCUCAAACUCACAGAGAUCCGUCUGCCUCUGCCUCCCAAGUACUAAGAUUAAAGGGGUGCACCACCAUGCAUGGCUAGGGCCUGGGUUCUAAUUCCAGUGUGGCAAAAAUACCAAAACUAACCAAUCAAAACACCACAAAUAACUCCCCCUAAAGGAUAUAAGGGCCUCUGUCCCAGCUCUGUUCCCCAGCAGCCUGCGUUCCACCUGAAGGAAAACAUCAGUAGGAGUUACUUGAAUCUUUUGUUGGGUGGAUUGUAUUUCCUCUGGUCUUGGCUUGUUAGUGUUUGCACUUUUUUUUUUUUAAAUUUAUAUUGAGAAUUACACACACCAUCAUAAGCCUUUGAGCUGAGAGUUCCUAAAAACAACUAUCCCUGUGAGAGCAUCUGCCAUUGUUGGAACCUUGGCCACCACCCUAGCCUCCGAGACACACACACACACACACACACACACACACACACACCUGAUCAGAGUCCACAAGUAGAAAAGGCCCACAAUUGACAAUGCUGUGUGAGGUUGUCUUGUAGGGACUCUCUGGAGUGACAGUGGACUAGGAGUCUAUUGGCCACUGUUCUUUGGGUCCCGAGGGCUGGCAGGCAGUAUUUAAAAAUCAUUGGUUUUGAAACUAAACUAUUUAGGUCUGAAUCAUGCAAUUUUCUAAGUUCAAGGCCUGGGGCAGUUCCUCAAACUUCUUAGCCUCAGUUUCCUUGUCUGUAAAGUGGGUUUAAAGAUAGAGCCUGUGCAAUGAGGCUGUGGUGAGGUAUAGCCCACAGGAGGCAUGUAAAUGACAUUGUAGCAAUGAGUCUGGCAUGUGGCAACACUCCAUUAAAUGACAGUGUCCGGGUGCACCAUCAUUAUUAGAUUGUGCCAAAGAAUGCUGAGUGGAGGCAUCUGGGGGAGGAGGAAGAGCCGACCUGGUGACCAUGAGCAUUCACACGUGUGAAUGUUGGCCUGGAGGGGCGGAGGGCCGCGCACACGUGUCCUUAUCUCUUGAGUCAUGAAUGUUCAGGGCCACACUCCUGCCUUUGAUGGCAGACUGUGGGAAGUGGGCCCUCCCCCACCCUGCCACCCUUCUGCUUCUCUUCCCUUGCUCUGAAAAGAGAAGUACAAGUGAGUUCCCCCAAGGGGUCGGCCGCGCCCCUUCCUGUCUCCGCCCUCCUGGCUGCCCCAGGCCAGUAGAGUGGUAGCCCGGGAGCGGGGCAGCAGGUUGGGGUUUUGUUGGAGGCUUGGGCUCUGAGAGCCUUGCUGGAGGCUCAGCCCGAGAGGUUUCCACCUGUCCAGACAGGCUGUGCCCUCCACAUUCUCAGCAGCCAAUUCAGCAAGAGCCCCAGGAUGGUGAGGUGGUUUCACCGGGACCUCAGUGGGCCUGAUGCGGAGACCCUGCUCAAGGGCCGGGGAGUCCCUGGGAGCUUCCUGGCUCGGCCCAGUCGCAAGAACCGGGGUGAUUUCUCCCUCUCAGUCAGGGUGGAUGACCAGGUGACCCACAUUCGGAUCCAGAACUCGGGGGACUUCUAUGACCUGUACGGAGGGGAGAAGUUUGCGACCCUGACGGAGCUGGUGGAGUAUUAUACUCAUCAGCAGGGCAUCCUUCAGGACCGAGACGGCACCAUCAUCCACCUCAAGUACCCACUGAACUGCUCGGACCCCACGAGCGAGAGGUGGUACCAUGGUCACAUGUCUGGAGGGCAAGCAGAAUCCCUGCUGCAGGCCAAGGGCGAGCCCUGGACGUUCCUUGUGCGAGAGAGUCUCAGCCAGCCCGGCGAUUUCGUGUUGUCUGUGCUCAAUGACCAGCCCAAAGCUGGCCCAGGCUCCCCUCUCAAGGUCACGCACAUCAAGGUCAUGUGUGAGGGUGGACGCUAUACCGUGGGUGGCUCGGAGACCUUUGACAGCCUCACAGACCUGGUGGAGCACUUCAAGAAGACGGGGAUCGAGGAGGCCUCAGGUGCCUUUGUCUACCUGCGGCAGCCUUACUAUGCCACUCGGGUAAAUGCUGCGGACAUCGAGAACCGGGUCUUGGAACUGAACAAGAAGCAGGAGGCAGAAGACACAGCCAAGGCCGGCUUCUGGGAAGAGUUUGAGAGUCUGCAAAAGCAGGAGGUAAAAAACUUGCACCAGCGCCUGGAAGGCCAGCGACCGGAGAACAAGAGCAAGAACCGCUACAAGAACAUUCUUCCCUUUGACCACAGUCGAGUCAUCCUGCAGGGACGGGACAGUAACAUUCCCGGGUCUGACUACAUCAAUGCUAACUACGUCAAGAACCAGCUGCUAGGUCCAGAUGAGAACGCUAAGACCUACAUCGCCAGCCAGGGCUGUCUGGAGGCCACAGUUAAUGACUUCUGGCAGAUGGUCUGGCAGGAGAACACCCGAAUCAUCGUCAUGACCACCCGCGAGGUGGAGAAGGGCCGGAACAAGUGUGUCCCAUACUGGCCGGAGGUGGGCACUCAGCGAGUCUACGGCCUCUACUCGGUGACCAACUGUGAAGAGCACGACACAGCAGAAUAUAAACUCCGCACUUUACAGAUCUCCCCACUGGACAAUGGGGACCUGGUUCGGGAGAUAUGGCACUACCAGUACCUGAGCUGGCCUGACCAUGGGGUCCCCAGUGAGCCUGGGGGUGUCCUCAGCUUCCUGGACCAGAUCAACCAGCGACAGGAUCGUUUGCCUCACGCAGGGCCCAUCAUUGUGCAUUGCAGUGCGGGCAUUGGCCGAACCGGCACCAUCAUCGUCAUUGACAUGCUCAUGGAGAGCAUCUCCACCAAGGGGCUGGACUGUGACAUUGACAUCCAGAAGACCAUCCAGAUGGUACGGGCACAGCGCUCUGGCAUGGUGCAGACGGAGGCACAGUACAAGUUCAUUUACGUGGCCAUUGCCCAGUACAUUGAAACAACCAAGAAGAAACUGGAGAUUAUACAAUCCCGGAAGGGCCAGGAGUCGGAGUAUGGGAAUAUCACCUACCCUCCUGCUAUGAGGAGUGCCCACGCCAAGGCCUCCCGUACCUCCUCCAAACACAAGGAGGAGGUGUAUGAAAACGUGCACAGCAAGAACAAGAAGGAAGAGAAAGUGAAGAAGCAGCGGUCAGCAGACAAGGAGAAGAGCAAAGGUUCCGUCAAGAGGAAGUGAGCUGGGCUUUCAUCUGCAGGUGGCCAUGCAUCAGCCUCAAUCCCUGCAGAGGCCUCCACUGGACAGAUCAAGACCCCUGGCUCACACCAGCCCCCGGGACCACGGCCAUCCUCUUGUAAUUUAAAUGGCUGUGGUCCUCUGAAUCUGUACAUAGCCCAGCAAGUCCCCAGGCAAAGCCAGAUUCCUAUUCUUGUAAAUAAAGCCCCCGGACCACUG